CACCCCCCUUCGUUAUCUAAAAAACGGUCACUCACCGCUCACUACAAUACAAUAACUUUCGUUACGCCUUGGGCGGCUAUGGCGAUUUAUUUAUUUUAGCAACACUUUGAGAUUCAGAAUGAAUAAACUGUAAAUAUCAGAGGACGAAUAAAUCACAAUUUAUCAUAACACUGCGGCAUAAUAUUUAAUAAUAAUUCAUUUAUCAUUCAACUUUACGCUUGCCACGCGUUUUGCACACGUCGUAUUUGAAAGUUCUAGAACUUUCGGUGAUUACGUGAUAAAAAUUGCCUAUUUAAACGAAAAUCACGGGUGAACUCGGCAUUGCGUUUUGAGCACUUCAGCGUCUCUCGCACUAAUGGCUUUCCCGAACUUUCUCGUGUUUCUUCUGGCUGGCUUAAGCUUCUUUGGGGAUAAAGCUGCUCCUGCAGGCUGCAGCUCCGUCUUCCUGAGGCCCUUCACCGCCCUUUGUGAUUUGGGCAUUGGGUGGGGCGUGGCGAUACUAACGGCAGUGGGAGGGACAGCCGUGGCCUCGCUAAUCCUGGUCCUGCUGCUGACCUGCCGCUUGUCGGGGGUUGUAGAAGGCGAAAAGCGUAGCAGGGUCACGGCGCUGCUGCUGAUGCUGACCUCCAUCUUCGGGCUCUGUGGCCUCAGCCUUCUACACCUCAUUGAGGGAGAUCGGUAUACAUGCAUCGCCCAGUAUAUCCUCUUGGCGGUGCUGUUCUUCUCAUGCCUUGCAUGCCUGCUGACACAGGGCAUGAGGCUGAUCCAGCUGCCUGAGCGAUCUCACAGCUGUAGCAUCAGAGCCCUGUGGGUACUGACUGUGGUCUUGGCCGUGGGGCAAAUAUUUGCAGCUAUCCAAUGGGUAGCUGUAAUGAUGGUGAACCAGGGCCAGCUGACCUGUCGGUCCCAGCCGCUAGACAUGAUCAGGCCACUCAUGUUUGUGGUGGUCCUGCUCUGUGCGGCACUUUCGGGCGUGGCAUGGAGCCGCUGCAGGAAGCAGCGGCACUGGAAAUGUGCAGCUGUGUUACUGUUUGCCACAUGGCUCAUGUCUGUCCUGCUGUGGACCACCAGGAUCGCAUUCUAUGUGCAUGCAAAUGCAGCGCUUGGUCUGUCCUCCAAGUGGGACAGCUUUGAGCACGCAAUGGUGCUCCUGGUGCAGGCGUGGCUGCUGCUAGUCCUGUAUGCCAUCCCUGAGGCCCAUAUCUGCCUGAACCUGCCCCCUGAGCCCACGCUGCUAGAAAGAAUCAGCACCUUGUGGGCCCCGACACAACUGAACCUGGACAGCUUUAGUGAGGACACUUCCUUGUCCUCCUGGCAGUCUGGGGAAACUGAAGACUCAGGGUUUGAUGGCAGCUCAGCUCGGUGCAGCAUCUUUCGACCAGGGCCCAGGGCUCCCUUAAGCAGCAACACUGACCAGUCCAUCAGGAUCACAAUUAUAGACGAGGAAGCAGGGAGUGCUUAAUAUAAUGUAUAUAAUGUAUAUAAGUUGAAUUUCAAGAUUUAAUGUACUGUAUAUAUGUAUAUAAUAAAAAUGUAUAAUGAAA